GUGCCCCCAUAGAUCCAAUUCCACCUUCCUCCUUCAAGAGCUCCACCUAUCUCUGCCAGCCCGCCGCCGGCGAACCUAGCACGAAUCUCAUCCCAUGGACGCAUCUCGCGCCGGCUCCUCCUCCAACCCCACUCCCACCAGGCGUCGUCUCACCGUUCCCGUUCAUGGGCGGCCUUCACCAACCCCGCUGCCGGCACACCCUGGUGAAUGGCGGUCCCGCCCGGCCGUCUCAUGGACCGUGGAGAACAUCUAUGAGGACUUCUCUGGUCGCCGCAGCGCGCUCGUCCAAGCCCUCACCACAGAACAGGAUACAUUAUAUGAUUUAUUGCGCGAGGAAGGUAAAGAGCCAAUGUGCUUGUACGGGUACCCGGACGGUAGUUGGCAGUUGACGCUGCCGGAGGAGAUGGUGCCGCCAGGCCUGCCGGUGCCGACACGAGGCAUCAACCGCCGGCAAGAUUAUGUGAACCGUUCUGACUACCUGACACUCGUCGCCCACCACUCCGACUCGUGGCUCAUGGGUGUCACCUUUUUCUUGUCCACUCAUCUCGACGCCAACCAAAGGAUACAUUUAUUUAAUAUGGUAAACGAGAUGCGAACAGUCCAUGACGAAUUCUAUCUCUCUUACGGUCUUCCUUGGCUAUCAACAUUUGCGCGAUACAAUGCAAACAGGGAGUCGAGCGCACCAACUCAAGAGAAUGUGUCCAAUCCAGACGUAGACUCUAUCACACCUGCUGAAGAGAACGUGCCACCUUCUCAAGACUCGAUGCAUGUUUUGUCUGCUCAAAACAGGGACUCUAGGAAGCCUGCUGAAGACAAACAAAAGGAUAAUGAAGUUACCGACUUUUGCGGAUCUUGUAAUGCUCCGUAUCAUGCCAAUGCCUUUUGGAUUUGUUGUGACGAAUGUGACCAGUGGUUCCAUGGCAAAUGUGUGAACGUAACUGCCUCUGAAGCAGAACAUAUCAAAGAAUACAAGUGUCCUGACUGCAUCCGCGAGGUGAUCGGAGAGUAGGAUAUAAUAUGUGCACCAUUCCUUUAUUUUAGGGUAUGCAGUCACCCUUUGUAUGAAAAAUGAUUAACUAGAAAGUUAGUGAGAGAGGCAUUACAUUAUUUUCCCAUUCCGUUGGGAUAUAUUUAAGAAUUCAGUUUACAAUGUCUUGAAA